GSGAGGGGUCUAAACCGAGGCCAGCCCAGGGGCGGGGCCUAGCCGAUGGCCGGACCCCCGAGGGGUGGGGUCUCCCCGCGMGCACUCCCGGAAGCGAAGCCGAGCCCGCCCUCAAGUCCCGGAGAGGCGUCGCCUUUGUCGCCGCUCGCGUCUCAGCCGCCGUCGCCGCCACCUCGGACGCAGUUGCUGCCGAUUCAGUCAUGCCGAAGCACGAGUUCUCUGUGGACAUGACCUGUGAAGGAUGCGCUGAAGCUGUCUCCCGAGUCCUCAACAAGCUGGGCGGGGUUGAUUUUAACAUUGAUCUGCCGAACAAGAAGGUUUGCAUUGAAUCUGAGCACAGCAUGGACACUCUGCUGGCGACGCUGAAUAAAACGGGAAAGGCUGUUUCCUACCUCGGCCCCAAGUAACACAGGCUGACAGUGUGGAGUGAAGAGGGCAGCUGGUCACCCAGUGCUAAUAAUGUCAGCUAUAAAACAGCAACAACAACACAUCCUUGGACUCAGAAAUCGCAGAUGAACACGUGUCUUCUUCUUGUGAAGUCCCUUCCUGAAUCUCAUCAACCAGAGAAAAUCAACUCAUAUCACAGAGAAGGAAGUUAAGCGACCCUCCCAGAGACACUCUGGCACAGCCUGCCACUCACCCUUUCUGCGGGCUGCUACUUGACUUUACCUGCAUAACAUGACUACCCUUCACCAUCCUAUUCCUCCCCUCAGCUCCACAGCCCAUGGCCACCUCCCUCCAGAAUGCCACACCCCUAUUUUCCCAGUAGCUCAAUUCAAAUUAAGCUCCAACCAUCUGGUGCUCAUUUCAGGGUCUUAUGUACAUGGUUCCCAGGUGCAUGCCAUUAAUAAAUUCACAGACUUUUUCUUUGGUUAAAAAUAACUGUUACAUACCAARUUUUAUCAUACUCAAAGCCAACAUCAAUUUAGCAUUUUUUUUUUCCCAUCUUUUUUUUUCUACUGGGAUUGAAUCCAGGGGCACUUUAUUAUUAAGCACCUUUUUCAUGUUGAGACAGGACCUCACUAAGUUGCUUAGGGCCUCACUAAGUUGCUGAGGCUGGCUUCAGACUUGCAAGUCCCCCCCUGCCUCAGGGUCCUGAGGAUUAUAGGUAUGURCCACAAGGCCCAGCAUCAAUGUAGCUUUUUCUGAGUCAGUCCGCUGUGACAGAAAACAAAGUAGCACAGGGUGUGGACUCUGGAGGCUGAGGCAGGAGGAUGGCAAGUUAGAAGCCAGCCUGGAAAAUUUAAUGAGACCCCGUGUCAAGA